AAAAAAAAAAAGAGCCCAAAUCACGGAAGAGAUUCUGCAGUCCUACUAGUCUGGCAAGUCCGCAGGGCUCAAAGCAGCGCAGAGGGGAGAAAAAAGGCGGAGAAGAGGACGGAAAGUCACUUUUGGCGCACAUUUUACACAGUUCUCUCAUCCUGCAGACGGUAAACGACUGGGGAAAUCAUGGAGGAUGCCAUCCAGGUCGUGGUGAAAACCUUCCUAAAGUCAACAAAAGGAAAAGAGAAUCUAGGGAAGAAACAGUUCCAGAGCCUUGUCUCAUCCCAGCUCAGCAACAUCCUUACGGACACGGACAGCAAGCAAGCAAUCGACAACAUGGGCCAGCAACUAGACAGUGACAAUGACGGCAAGCUCGGCUUUGAGGAGUACUUGAAGCUAAUAGGCUACCUGGCUUGCUCAUACAGCGAGCAGCGAAGCCGCGAGAAAGAGGAACCUGCGAAAAACGCUGCAUCCGAACAAGUGGCACAAAGCCCCCCGGACAAGUCGGCGGAACAACCCAAAGAGAACGAAGAGCCAAAGGAGGAAGCAAACCCGAAGGAAAAUGAAGAAGCAAAGGCAAACGCGACUGCCGAGGUAAAGGCGGAAGCAGAGGCGCCGGGGGAAACGAAGCCCGAGGCAGCUAAGGUGGAAGCAGCGGCGCCGGCAGAGGCGGAGGUAAAAGCUGCGGAGAAAGAGCCAGAGAAAGUUGAGGAAACACCAAAGGUGGAGGAUCCAACAGAGAAGUCGCCGGCUGCUGCUGAGGAGGAAGGAGCCGAGAAGACGGAAGAGGCUUCUUCAUAGGGGACAAUUCACUCCUUCGCGAAAGUCACACUACAGAAAUCAACCCUUCAGAGAACGUAACAUUGAUUCCAAAAUAAUUUGGAAAGCCACUAUUUUAACAUACAUUAAAGUACAAUUAUAUUUUAAACACUACAAAACAAUAUUCUUUAUGAUUAUGUACAUGACAGUAGCUUUGUACUACUUUUACCACUAUGUUUAUAUGUACAGCAUGUGCAUCCCACUAUAUAAGCACAUUUACCUCAUUAUGAUGGUAUACUAUGACAGCAUGUAGUUUUACACUAUAACGUGCAUGCGGUAUCCAUGUGAAACCUACCCUGGAAACGAUGACUUUCCUGCACACUUGACUGAAGUAUCUUAACACACCAUUGCAAACUAGAGGCCUUCCAUCAACGCUUUCUCAUUUUAAUGUUUUCACUUUCUUUCUCUUCUACACUAACAGCAGAGUCAAAUGGGUCCUUCGGUGACAAUCUCUUAGCCAAGCACUUGUGGCUUUAAGGAAUACUGGGACAUUUUCACAGCUUGCUAGCCAGAAUUUAGAUAAAAUGAACUCGCUAAAUGUUUGGUUCUGUCAAAAUUUACAUUCAAAAUAAUAAAAGAAAAAUUAACAAGCACCCUUAAAAAUUA